UAAGAGAGGGGAGGUGGUGUCCUGAGAGGGGAAUCCUACUAGUUGCAGAUAGCAGAAUCCCAACUUACCAUUGCCCCCACCCUCCAGAAAAAGGAAAAAACAAAACGUGACGUGUCUGUGGUGCAAAAAAUAGGAGGACAGGUCAAGGGCUAGAGCAGGUGACCAGAUGUUGGUCACUGGCUGCGGCUGCUCCCUCCUGGGCUGCUGGACGCUGCAACAGAAAGAUAAAAAUACCAUCAGUUCUGAGACUUUUUAAAGGAAACACUUAGCUUCUACAGCCUGAAUAGAACCAACACAAACAUUCACAUGAAGCACAUAAUCACACAUGAAAAGUUCAUCUAAAUCCCUUCAACAAUCAAGCUGUGGUGACAUCAUCACAUCUAAUGAUCCACAGAAAUGUUUCUUACCUGCAGAAAUGGCGGCCGGCUCCUUCUUAACGCCUUUUGCCUUCUGGCCCCAAAAACACACACAAGAGUUUUAUAUCAGUAAGUUUUCAUCAGCAUCAGGUGUGUGAGGUCAUGGUGUCUGAGCAGAGUGUACGUACACGGAUGUAGUUGGGGACCCAGCCUGGGUGCUGCUGCUCGUGGAGCCUCUGUUCCUUGUGAGCCUGGUCCAUGUAGAUGUUCCUCUGCUCAGGAGACAGUUCCCUCCACUGUGAACAGAAGACAGUGAGACAAGCUGUUGGUGAACAAUAAUGCACGGAAGCAAAACCAUCAUCAUUCUGUCGCAAACACACUUACCCUCUGGCCCACGACGGCGUUGACAGCAGUGCUGUCUGCCAGCUUCAGCUCAGCCACCACCUUGGGCCUCUGGUCCCGCAGGAAGAUCAUGAAGGCAUUUGGUGGCUUCUUCACAUAGGGACGGUCCUCCUGCUGGUGCCCACGCUUUCUCUUACUGCAGAGACAAAACACAACACACACCUGUCAGCAUCUACAUCCUGGAAACGUGGUAAACUUUAUAGAUAUAUUAUUCUGAAACGGUCAAAUCAAAACUGACUUUGGGUCGGAGACCGGAGCAGAAGCAGGAGCAGCAGGUGGAGUCCCAGGAAGAAGGGAUGGUGGCGGAGAAGGGACAGUGGGAGUGUGAGGAGCAGAAGCAGGAGCAGCAGGUGGAAUGUCAGGAAGAAGGGAUGGUGGCGGAGAAGGGACAGUGGGAGUAUGAGGUGAAGGCAGAGAAGAAACAACAGGAGGAGGGGGAGAUGAAGCAGGAGCAAAAGAAUGAAGGAGAGGUGAGGGAGGAUGUUCGAGAGGAGAAGACGGUGGAGGAGAAAAAGAAUGAAGGAGAGGUGAGGGAGGAUGUUCGAGAGGAGGAGACGGUGGAGGAGAAAAAGAAUGAAGGAGAGGUGAGGGAGGAUGUUCGAGAGGAGGAGACGGUGGAGGAGAAAAAGAAUGAAGGAGAGGUGAGGGAGGAUGUUCGAGAGGAGAAGACGGUGGAGGAGAAAAAGAAUGAAGGAGAGGUGAGGGAGGAUGUUCGAGAGGAGAAGACAGUGGAGGAGAAAAAGAAUGAAGGAGAGGUGAGGGAGGAUGUUCAAGAGGAGGAGACGGUGGAGGAGAAAAAGAAUGAAGGAGAGGUGAGGGAGGAUGUUCAAGAGGAGGAGACGGUGGAGGAGAAAAAGAAUGAAGGAGAGGUGAGGGAGGAUGUUCGAGAGGAGGAGACGGUGGAGGAGAAAAAGAAUGAAGGAGAGGUGAGGGAGGAUGUUCGAGAGGAGAAGGUGGAGGAGGAAAAGGAACGGGCUGGUACUCCUGAAAGAUCUCGUCCAGAAGGGAGAAAAACUCCCCCUCUCUGUCCAAGUCCUCCAUGUACCUCUCAAAACUCUCCAGGAGGCGCAUGUUUUCCUCCAUCGUUCUGUGACACAGGAUGAGAAGAAGAAGAAGAAGAAGAAGAAGAAGCUUUAAAACCCGUUACAAGACGUCAGACAUCAUGGCAUCAGAGACAUCAAGCAGGAAACAUCACAUCUACUGUUACUGGUAACAAACUGAUCUCUGAUCAGUUUCUAUGGUCAGAUCCAUGUUCAUCACGGCGACUGAGGCAACAGCUGCUGUUACAUGUGAACCGUUUCAUCUCCAGCACUCUGUUUAAACACCAGUUUCUGAAGAUCGUCUGUUGUGUUUUACUUCACCAAGUGAAACGUCUGGAUUUCAGUUGUGAAUUUAUUUUAUUCUUCAUGUUUUAAACCGAACGCAGUCUCACUGGAGACACUUCAUGUUUUUGUCUCAACAGGUUUCAGAUCUGUGAAGAGAAACUUUCAGUUGUGUUGUUUACAUCAGGCUGUGCUUCGUUUUCUUAUCCUUCUCGUUCAGAAACACACUUUUAGGCUCAAACGGAGAUGGAAACAAAAAGGAUUUCUGUUCACAUCCUUCUGCUCAGUUUUAGGUCAGAUGUGAACGAAACUGCCACCGCUCCCAGCUGAGAGUCAGCAUCACUGCAACGACCAGAAGCCACCGCGUGUAGAUCUAGAUUAUAAAAGCACAGCUGGAGAAAUCACUCUACUCCAUGUGGUUUAUUCAGCUGCCUUUGCUCUUUUUAAUCAGGAACUCGUUAAACACUAGAUCCAUUUUUAAAUGUAAACAAGUCAAAAUAGUUUGUUGACUUAAUGUUAUUAAAGUUAUAAGUUAUUCACUGAUGAAAAAGUGGCAUUUAUUUAUAUUUCUGACAAACUGGUGCAGAAAUAAAGAUCAGUCCCUUCUCCAGACACCACUACUGCACACGGCAGAUAGCAUGUAGGUCUAGUUGUACGUUUAUAACUCAUAUUUCAGAUUCAAAGUAGUUUUAUCUUGACUGUUUAUCUGUAAUCUGACCUGCUUACGGGGUUGUUGUUCAUUUUGUUUUUUCCAGCAGGUGUAUUUUAUAUAAAUGAUAAAACCAGUUUACCUUGAGCAGGGGUGUCAAACUCAUUUUAGCUCAGGGGCCACAUUGAGGGAAAUCUAGUCCCAAGUGGGCCGGACCGGUAAAUUAAAAAAAAAAAACUUCAGAUUGUUUUCUUUGUUUUAAUACAAUCAAUAUAAAACAAGGCUGGAGCCUGAGGACAGUGUAGUACAAGUACAACACCUGAAGUGUACUUGAAAAUU